AUGAUCAGCCCCGACGAGGCGUCGCAGGAUUGGGAGAGGAUCAAGGGAUUCAUUACUACCCGCGAAGCAGACAUUGUCCACGAGGAACGUUGGGGAACCCGGCGCUUGGCCUACCCGGUCAAGAAGGGGCAGUACCAGUUCCUGGAGGGCAAUUACCACCUUACCCGGUUCACAACCGAUCGGGCAUCCAAUAGGGAACUGGAAAACUACCUGAAACUCGAUGAGCACGUGCUGCGCUCUCUUGUGACCAUCACGCUCUCCGAGGAAGAACUGUCAGCUCACGCCGCGCAAACCCGUGCGCCCCGACCGCCGCGGCCGCCCGCAGGCAUGCCCCCUGCCGGAGCGCCCCAGGGGGCCGCUCCAGGUGCCCCGGCGGAUGCACCAGCCGCGGGGACGGAGGAGGGCGCAACUGCGCCUGAGCCCGGUGCCGCCGGUGAGACAGCGGAGGCCACGACGGAGGCUAUUGCCGGCGUCCCCGAAGGGUCCUCGGAGCCUGUGGCGGAGGUCACGACGGAGGCUGAUCCCGGCGCCGCCGGUGUGUCCUCGGAGCCUGUGGCAGAGGCUACGGCUGAGCCUGUUUCCAGCGCCGCCGAUGAGGCCGCAGAGGCUGCGACUGAGCCUGUUUCCAGCGCCGCCGAUGAGGGUGCAGAGCCUGCGGCGGAGGCACCGGCACCUGAGGAACCCGUACAGCCAGCCGGCGAUCCUGAGCCGGAACAGCCGUCGGAAUAG